UCACACUUUUUUGUGUUUCCUGCAAAACUUGAAAAAAUUAGUUAGCUGAUUAUUUUAACAGGGUGACGAUGUGUAGAAGAGGCUGUCAGCAGGAUUUUGGCGCCACAUACAGGAUAAAAGAAACGCGACAGUAUCAGAAGCCAACAGACCGGAGUAACCUGGUAACUCCUGGGGACGUUACGUCUACUUAAUGCUAAACUUAUUGAGAAGGUUUAGCAGAUAGGAGAAAAUGGAUGAAAUCGUAAGAGAAGAUAUCAGUCCAGAAACUGAGAGAGAGCUUACUUUGCCACUCUCUCCCAAGCGACAGAGGACAGAUUGUACAGUGACAAACAACCACAGAGGCAGGUUUGACUUUUCAGAGCGAUUGACAUUUUGGAAAACCACUGGAUCCUCUUCACCGACAAGUACCUUGCAGGAGGAUACGGGCCUAGUAUGCACAGCAGAACAUGGUGAUACUAAAGAUGAAAAACCUCACAAGCAACCACCAGAUGCUGAUUUAAUAAUUGUCACUCCUAUUACGAUGUUGACAACUUCAAACACUGACGAUGUACACACAGGAUCAUCUGAAGUCUGUUUGGUCCGUGUUGAAAGACGCUUCAAACUUCUGGUGAGAGAUGAGCAGCCUCCAUUUACUGAAAGCGACAACCUCAGCUCAUACCUAAAAAAUGAUGCAGGUGGGGCAUUAGCAGAGUCUCACACUUCAAAAGACGCCAGCGCUGACAUGUCCAGCCAUCCUGAUUGCAAACGGCUGGGGAAAUCACUUAAAGACGAGCCCCCUGGUGGUUGCAGCCUUCACGAUGGAAACGACAAAGAUGGGAGACAGGUGCAAAAUAGUGUCAGUCAAAUCCAAGUAUUCACCCUUAGUUUCAGUGAUGAGGAGGUUAUAUGUCAGUCUGAUUGCACUUCUGAAGAUGCGCAACAUGACACUGGUUUCUGUGAUAAAUUGAGCCAAUCUGCAGAGGUUGAAGAGAGUAAUCAGACGGGGGAUGGAUUUAGUGAGAAUAUUCUUUUCAGCAAGGAAAAGGAGGAGGGUAACAGCCGCAUAUCUUCCACUGAUUAUGCAGACUCUAAAUCAUUCUACUCAAACCCUGAAGAGCAACCCUCUGGGAACUAUGUAGAAAGUGUUAAAAAUGAGGAAAAAAUAUUAGAAUUGCAGAUUUGUGAAAAUGAAAAUGUUGCCGUCUGUGAUGGGGAAACAAAAGGCCAAUUUAAUGAGAAUGGCAUGAGCAAGAACUCCAUCCCUUCUGCUGCUGAAUGUGCCGAGGGAUCAGUUGUGUCUUAUGAUGUGGUAUUAGCCCGAAAUAUUGCAACUGAGAGUGUGAGACUUGAAGCUGACGACUUCUACGAGGCAAAAGGAGAGCAUGCUGCUGGCACGAUGAUAGCCAAAGCUCGGAGUGAAACGGCUGAUCACACAACAGAGACUCUGAUGCCUGCAAGAAUCAGUCAAGGGCCUGCUGGAGGAGAUAAUGAUGCAAGCCCUUUCAGUGUAAUUGACCCUGCAAUCUGGAGUGAAACUGACAGGGAGGCUACAGAGAAACGCUGUAGCUCAGAGAGCAGUGCAGGUGUAGAAUUAUUUUCAUUAGUGAAAGUCUGCGAGAUGGAAACACCUCUUUCACUCUAUGCUGACGAACGGUUAUCACGGGAGGUUUCAGCACCCAACCAGACCGGGCAGAGCACAACACAGCAGUGCAAAAAUGAAGAAGAGGACUUAAGGCAGUCAUACACAGAACCACAGGCUUGUUCUGUCACCAUCAGCGAAACACACAACAACAAGACUGGCGACCAAGGCAGCUGUCACUGGAAAUCCAGACCCAGCAGCAGUCCAUGCAGGCCAGCAAAGCCUCCUCCUGCAGGCAAUGAAAGACAAGAAAGCCAUGAUACUAUGGGACAUGAGUUGAAAGAGCAGGAUCAGUCGAGCUGUUUUCCUGUCAGUUCUCACCACCUGAAGACACAGGGGGUUGAAUAUUUACAGGAUGAAAUCGCCAGAAUGAAUGCUGCAACUGAGAUAAAAGAAAUAGAAGGAGUUUUGACUCAGAGAAAUAACUCAGAACAUGAGAAACCAGAAAAUCGACUUGAUUUGGAGGGAAAACAGCUGCAACAAAAUGAAAAACAUGAAGAAGACAGAACUAAAAUGCCAGCAAUAGAGGGAAAAAUAAUUGAUUGUUGCAAUGUAUUAACACAGAUUGAUGAGGGAUGGAGAAAUAAUCUUGAAUGCUUGUCUGAUCACCCAUACAGUGCUGCAAUAUCAACAAUAGAAAGUAAAACUGAUGAAGAAGAAAGAAAAGAAGAGGCCAGAGUAGAAACAGAUGUGCAUGGUAACCCAGAGCUAUUAGUGGAGUCAGAGGAGGAUCACUGGCAACAAAGUCAACAGAGAGGAGACAUGACUGAGGAGUAUAUCUGUAAGCGCACAGAGGGCAACAUGAGUAACAAAUUAACCCGUGCUAGUCCACAUAAACAGGAAAACGUGCUCAGUUGUUUCUCUGAAUACCAACACAGAUCAGAGACAUUCAUGGUUGAAAAUGAAGAUGACCUUUUGGCUUUCACGUUUCCCCCAACAAGUGAUGCAGUUGUGCCAGGUCCACAUGAAUUAGUCCAUUCACAAAAUGCUGACAACAACCCCACACCCCUUGACUGUAAUGACAGAUUUUCCCCAGUGCCAUCUGCCGUCACUUUCAGUGACUGUGCGCCAGGGGGUUUUGACACUUUUGAAAGGAUCCAGCUCUCACCAGAUGAUGAUGAUGCUGUCCUGAGCAACAGCCCUCUCCUCAUCAGCCUGCCCGAGCAGCUGAAAACACCCCAGCAACAGCUUUCCCACUCUGCGCCAGAGGCAGAGAGCAGUGAGCAUGAGGAGGUACCAGAAGAGGAGGAGGUGGGAAGAUUUGAGAGUCGCACUGAGAACAUGGCAGAGGGAUUUUCAGGCAGUUAUACCAGUUGUAAUGAACUCGCAAAUUUUAUCCCAGAAGUAGAUGUCAUUACUCCCAGAUGGCCAGAGCAACACCCGAACUGUGAGUCAUCUUAUAAUUCAUCUGAGGUCUUCCAGGAUGACCUAAACCCACAGUCAAUGUCCUCCUCUGUUUCCUCUAAGAGCGACAGUCCAGCUUCCGAUGAGGACCACAGCCCCAAGUUUGAGAUGAAAAAACAAUUCGACAUGGUUUUGAAAGAGCUGAACUUGUUUUUUCAGAUAAGUAUUAGUGAUUUAGCAAGUGACACUAGAGCAUCGUACCCUGAGCAGUAUAGUGAUUUAACUGAAGCCUUGGAGGGUGAUACUUCAAAAGACAAAGAACAUCUUUACAGCCCAGAAGUAGGACACCAUAGAGACCCAUCAUCAGAUGAUGCUAAUGAAGACCGCAGGCUGGAACAGGGCGGAGGCGAUUCAGUGGUUUCUUUUACCUCUGGCAGCUGCGAUGGCGAGCAGGAGGUGCCUCUUGGCAGCCACCUGUGUCAGGAAACAUCUGUGUACACAUCAGAAAAACACAAAGAGCCCCGGGAGAUGGAACACAAAAGGAAAAUGUGGUCUCCGUCCUUCGUGUGUGAACCAUUCGUGGAACAACUGAGCCACAGACAGCCGGAGCAAGCCAGGAGACUGGAGCCUCUGAGAACCUGCACACGGCCAAUUCGGGUUGGACUUUCAAAGAGAGCCAAGACCAAACACCUGCACCGUCCCCACCCCUACAAAUGAACACUGAUGCAGUCAAGGUGAUGUGUCUGAGUGUUAACAAAGCUCCCCUUGGUUGCCAGGUUCAACAACUGAAAUGUUAUUUUCUGCUUUACAGUUGUUCAUAGAUUUCUGGUGCUUCUUCUCUCAGUUUUUGUGAGUGAAAGUUUGAAUCCCCAAAAUGCUCUGUCUCAUUCACACAUUUUACACCCUCUCAGGAUUUUCCCAUAUAAUCACAGUCUGCUGCUGAGCUGCAGCAGCUGCAGAGUAAGUGCCUUGCCGAAGGACACCCUGACAGUAUUUGUUAAUGAAAGAAAACCUGCUUCCUGUCCACAAUUGCCCUGCAAUAAAAAUAUUCAGGUUUUAAUA